AUGAGGGAACUGCGUCACGACAAUAUCGUGCCUUUCUUGGGUGCCUGUGUUGACCCCGGGAAUGUGNACAUGUUCAAGGCGUCGCUGCUCUUUGAUCUCAUCAAGGGAAUGAUUUACCUUCACGGCUCCGAAAUCGGAUCUCACGGGAAUCUGAAAUCUUCAAAUUGCGUCGUUGACAGUCGCUGGGUUUUGCAGAUCACUGAUUUCGGCCUGCACGAAUUCCGAGGCUCAAACCUGCUGGAGAUGAACUCAGUUCCUGCCCGACAGCUGCUUUGGCGUGCCCCGGAAAUCCUAAGGGCAUCCCCGCAGGCUCGCAGCAGCAUCAGCGCUGAUGGAGCUGCCAAACAAGGGGGAAAUGUUUGGAACACCAACCCGACAAUGAGUGGAGCCGGUUUGCUGGCUGCAUCCGCUUCCACAUCUCCCUCGGGGAACCUGUUGGCUCACGCAUUGCGAAUGAGCAUCGGGUCGACGUCAGCGCGGGCCCAAGAGGGAGCGACAUCUCCCCAGGGAACACAAAAGGGGGACGUUUACUCGUUCGGGAUCAUCCUUUUCGAAGUGAUCGGCAGAACCGGGCCGUACGGGUCUGUUCUCGACUCAGAACUCACUCCUGAAGGGCACUGCAUCGAUGACAAUGAGAACCGAAGCAAUUCCGGUCACAAUAGCUUCGAUCCUUUUGUGAACCACGAGUCGAGUCCACGACUGAACGAAGAGGGGUGUCUUUAUGCUUCAGAUAUUGUGGAUGGAGUGAUGAGGCCCAUGGAGCGAGAGAGUUCAUCUUUUGCACCGGAACGGAAGCAGCAUCACGGCACGUGGCCGGAAGAAUUGAUGCGACCGCCUUUGGACCAACUUCCGGCGGACACGGCAGCGGAAGUGCGCGAGUGCAUGCAAGAGUGCUGGGCCGAGGAUCCAUCAGACCGGCCCGACUUCCGCAGCAUCCGAAUGCGGCUGAAACCAUUGCAACGUGGGAUGUGA